UAAUCGUCUAUCUCUAUUACGAGGGCUAAUGCCUUACAUAUGUUCGAAGGAAGCAUCCACUCUCUAGAUAUUCAUACAAUCGAAUCUCUGCUCGAAACUGAGACGGAUACGCCGACUUCUCAUGCCAUCUCGACUUCCUGGAGCUGCUCCAGAGAGAGUUACAGUAGCAUACAUACCAGAGCAAUAGCCACCCAAGGUGGAAGAAAUGGUCAAAGUUGACAAAAUUUCCGUCCAGACGUGUAUGAUGAUUAGCAUGUCUUGUAAACCUUUGGUUUUUGUGGUGGGCACAAAAUCGCUUCCCUUGCUACUAAUGAGCACCCUGGGAAAGACCUCGGGGGUUAAAAUGAGAGCAUUAUUCGAAGCCAGCAUGUUUGAAAAAGAUGUUGAAUUCCACUCUCAGUCCGUCUUGAGAUUUAGGAACCACAUACAAGAGAUUUCAGCAGGCGAAGGAGUAAGUGAAACAGAAGCCCUCCUGCAGAGAGACAUUGCCAAGACAAGGGGAUCGAAGAUCCGGAUACCAUUGGAGUUAAUACAUCCAUUUUCGAGUUGGGAUUCGCUUCGAUGGACAUCAUUCGCUUGAAAGUCUAUAUCAAAUUCCGGUUGGGUAUUGCGAUAGCCAAUAUUAUGCUUAUAAAUAACCCUACCGUGCGAACGCUGGCGGCUGCCUUGGCCGAGCCAGACCCAGCACAUCAUUCACCUGGUACUGGUACUACAAUUGUUACGCUAGACUCCAAUGCUG